UUCUUUUUCUCGAUAAUUCACAAAUGAAAGAUGGCCACUUCCAUCUUCCUCUUCUGCCUCAUUAACAUUCCCUUAAUAACCCUUGCCCGGACUCCAGACGUCCCCAAAGCCCCUCCAGGUUUCCUCUUAAAUUGUGGCGGAAAUGAGGAGGUGGAACAAAGGUCUCUCGCAUACAUCCCGGACGAACCCUUCAUAUCUACGGGCAACAAAUCCGUCGUGAAGGUGCCCCACAUACUGCCCACGUUGACCACCGUCCGUUACUUCCCUGGACACAAGGCGAAGAAAUCAUGUUACACGCUGCCCGUGAUAAAGGGGAAGAAAUUGUUGGUCAAGACGGUUUAUUACUACGGCGGGUUUGACGGAGGGGAAGAGCCGCCGGUGUUUGACCAGAUCAUUGACGGGACGAAAUGGUUUGUGAUAGACACACGUGGGGACUACGCGCAAGGUAUGAGCUCUUAUUAUGAGGCUAUUGUUAUGGCUCAUGGGAUGGAUUUGAGCAUAUGUUUGGCUAGGAAUGAACACACAUCGAAUUCGAGCAGCCCAUUCAUUUCCACCAUUGAGCUUUUUUACCUUGAAGAUGCCCUUUACAACACAACUGAUUUCCAGAGAUUUGGUUUGGUCGGGCUUGCCCGACACAACUUCGGGUCGGAUGUGGAUAUGAUAGGGUUCCCAGAUGAUCCAUAUAACAGAUAUUGGCAUCCAUUCAUGGACCAGAACCCAUCUGUAUUGAGUCACUCCCAUGUAACACCCGAGACAUUUUGGAACGUCCCGCCAAAGGAAGUAUUCUCAACGGCAGUAACUACUAGCAGAGGGAAGACUCUGACGGUCCAUUGGCCGCCGUUUCCUCUCCCAAAUACCUAUUACUACAUUGCCCUGUACUUCCAGGAUAAUCGUACCCCGAGUCCUUACAGUUGGAGGACAUUUGAUGUCCAAUUGAAUGGAAAAACAUUCUACACCAAACUGAAUGUCACUACAGAUGGUGUCACUGCUUAUUCUGCAACAUGGCCUCUCUCAGGCCAGACCGAGAUUUCCUUGGUCCCGAAUGAAGGUGUUCCUGUUGGUCCUGUGAUCAAUGCCGGUGAAAUCUUUCAACUGUUGCCACUAGGAGGAAAGACCCUCACUCGGGAUGUGGCAGCAUUGGAGGAUUUGCAGAAGAGCUUGAAGAAUACUCCUGAGGAUUGGAAUGGGGAUCCAUGCCAACCAAAAGAAAAUGGAUGGACAGGAAUCACGUGUAGUAAGGGGAAAUCUUUUCGAGUAAUCUCCUUGAACUUGACUGGUUUUGGACUAAGUGGAACACUAUCUCCAAGCAUAUCCAAAUUGACUGCAUUGUCUUAUAUUUGGCUUGGAGACAAUAAAAUCUCUGGUGCAUUGCCUGAUAUGAGCCAACUUAAGGCCCUACAAUCUUUGCGUUUAGAGAACAAUCAGUUCGUCGGGCCGAUCCCUGAUUAUCUUGGUCAACUACCGAAGAUUAGCGAAAUAUUUCUCCAAAACAACAAUUUGAGCGGCGAAAUCCCCGAGAGCAUGAAGAACAACAAGAACAUAAACCUUGAGGUUUCUGGAAACCAAUUGACAGGCUAAGAACAAAUCAUUGAAAGGAGAUAUAAAAAUGCGCCCUAAUCAUGAAGGAGAUAUAAGAGAUGAGACCUUAAGUAUAGUGGGACGAAGUCAUGAUACAGAAAUGUGUGAUUCUUUCAUGCAAGAAUUGCCAUUCUGAAGAAGAAAAUCACAAUCUUAUAUGUGUCUCAGUACAGUAGUUGUCAUCUUCAAUUAAGUGCAAAUGUUCUUUCGUGUGUUUGGUUAUUAACCAAACCAUUUACCCCCUCUUUAAAAGGUUUGCCAAUUUUG